AUGUCCGCGCGCGAGAUUAACGUUGUUGUGGUUGGCGGAUCAUGGGCCGGCGUCAAGGCUAUCCGUACACUGCUUAACCUAGUACAGAGCGACUAUCCGAACCUGCGGGUUACCCUGGUAGAGCGGCGCGCACACUACUUCCACAUCACAGGAGCCAUCCGUGGUAUGGUUGAUCCAUCUUAUGCACAGCGCAUGUGCAUUCCAUACGACCGCAUGUUCUCAACCGCUGGCAUCCCCAAUGCCAGCCACACGUUUAUCCAAGGCACGCUCGCACAGGCCCACGGCCGGUUCAUCGACCUGGAAAGCGGACAGCGGAUCUUCUUUGACUACCUGAUUUUGUCAACGGGUUCGCAGUACCAUUCGCUGCCUGUGGUACAGUCGACACACUACCAUGAGGCGCAGGAGCUGUUUGCAUCAAUGAGAGCAUCGAUCCAGCGCGCAAAGCGAAUCCUGGUGGUUGGCGGCGGUGCUGUUGGUGUUGGGCUGUGUGGAGAGAUUGCCGACCACUAUCCAGACAAGACAUUGACAAUCGGCCAUAACCGCAAGCAUUUGCUGAACGGGGAUCUUGCUGACAGCUUUGCGUCGUCUGCCGAGAAAAAGCUCACGCGCAUGGGCGUGCGUCUGAUGUUGGGCGAGACCGUGAUGCCUUCGCCUAACUCGCCAAGAAACUUCGUGACGCCUGAUGCCCUGCAGGUAUUUACUACAAAGAGUGGCAAGACCAUUGAGUGCGAUCUGGCUAUCUGGACUACUGGCGGGCGGCCUGAAACGUGCUAUAUGUCGACACUAGCGCCUUCAAACUGGGAGCGCCCGCUGGUAGACGCCGUACGCAACCGGAUUCACGUACGCCCCACGCUACAGCUGGACGAUGACCUGUACCCGCACAUCUUUGCCAUCGGCGAC